CAUUCCACUGUAAUAUUUUAAACAGGGACAAUGGAAGUUACAAGGUAUAAGGUUAAUGCGAGGUGUUAUCCUCGUUUCAAAUCUGAAACCAGGCGUAUACUGGACAUUUUACGAAGAACAAAUGUGUUUUGGGAUGAGACGUUUGGGGAAUCGUAUCCGACAAAUAAACAUGACGCAGAAAUUGAAACUGACUUGCACAAUGAAAAUGUGGAGCUAUUCAUAUGUGAUAAAAAUAGAGCAACAAAAAUAUCAUCUAGUGCUGGCAAUGACAUGGUAUUGCGAAAUGAAGAUAUAAGCAUUCUUGGAUCGUAUAAAUAUGACGACAUGGAGACCUUCUUGGCAGAAAAACAAACUUCAUUUAAGUCCACAACAGUUAUUAUCGUUCGAAAUAAUAAAUGUAUUAGAGAUACAAUAAAGAAAAUAGCAGGUAAAACCAUUAUUGUUAUUGCAUCAAGCAAACAAGAGCGGUGUAAACUUGAGAAAGCAUAUAAAAAGUAUCCCCAUGUGAAGGUUUCUUCAGACGACGAAGUUGCUAAGGAUAUAUGCUCAAUGCUUGAAAGAACAGCAUUUGAACCAAUGAAAGACAAGUACGAAAAUGUAAAAUGUCUACUACAAGGGAUUAGACCUUCCACUCCAAGUUGCAAAAUCGGUAAAGACGUGAAGCCGAAGUUUCCUGUGCGUAACAAAAGCCCUUCAGUCGGUUCUACGACAUUCAUAAAUGGAAACAGAAAGCGUGAAAGCAGAAAUGGAAAAAGAAAAAUGAACGGUGUUUCUGUGAAGACAUUACAGAAAGGCCACAGUCAGACUUCUAUAGGUAGUAACUUUACGAAGAGAAGAAGGCAGAAUUACAAAGAAGAAGCAACAGUUAUGCAACUAGAAGGUAACAACCAGGAAAUGAAAUGUGCGAAAUGCCAUGGAAGACGCCUCGUAUGCAAAGAAGUUUCAGCAAUAAUGCGACCAGAAGAUGAAAAUAAGACUAUGUACGUCCGCCAAACAAGACGUGGGAAAGUUCUUAGCACAACAGACUCCGUCGAUUGGAAAAGCAAAUUUCUCAAAAAUAAACAAAAAUUCCAGCGGCUUUUUGGGGAGAUGAUUGGAAUGUAUAAACGAAGUAAAUUAUCAGAAGAUUUCAAGCCAUCGCUAAACGGAAUUCCAAAGGAAGAAGUUAGUGAAAAGAUGUUAUCCGACCUGUACAACAUAAGUGGUUCUAUAAAAGGAUACGCUUACCGCUUUCGCACAAGACUUCAGAUUUUCGUUUUGGAAGCCGAUAUUGAGAAGUUGAAACCGAAAAUAGCUGAAAUACUUGAGAUGCAUGGAAUUGCACAAGGUUCUUAUGAUAUUGUUCCACCAGUUGAUGCAGUGACUCCUUUUACAAAAUUACACACCGGAGCGAGAGUUAUGUCGAACGAAAUGAAUUAUGCCAGUCUAACAGGCUUUGCAGAACUGCAAGGACAACAGGACAAGGACAUCUGUGCACUUGCAUCCAAACAUCUCCUAGACGGAAGAAAAACUGUUGAACUGGCAAAUGAAAAAGUGACAAUCACUGCCGAUGUCAUUCCAGAAACCGCCCCGGGUGAUAAGAUUAUGAAAUUUGAUAUCGCUGCCGCAAAAGUAAGGAAAGGUGAUGAAAAGCACUGUCAGGGGCAAUUCGAAAACGAAAGCGGGACAUUUAUGAAGGGAAUAGUGUGUAGCUAUGACGAUGAUCAGCUUGAAGGCCAAUACGUCCAUAUAUGUGGUGCUUCAACAGCAAAGGGUAAAGGUAUAAUAUCUUUGACCCACUAUGAAGAACGCAAAGACAACGAAAAAUCAAAUCCAAACAAAGGAAACAUUGAUAACGAGAAAUCGAGUCAAAACAAAGAUCGCAGACAAAGUGAAAAAUCAAAUAUAAACAAAGAACUUACAGAUAAUGGGGAAUCGAAUCAAAGCAAAAAUUUUAUCUUUGUUGAAGACAGAGAAAAUGAUCGAUUCUGUAUGGAAGGUGAUAGCGGAUCAAUGGUGUGUGCAGACGAUGAAGAUGGCAAUCAUGUUCAAUUAAUUUCAACUGUAAUCGGAGAAAGGGAAACUGGCUGUUACCAAACACUUCGCCUAACGGAAGGUAUAGCACAUUUAGAGAAAAAGACAAAAGGAAAAUUAUCUUUUUUUUAAACCGUAAAGCGGAAGACCAUCCGCAGGUGGUAGGGGAAACCUGCGCGGCGAACCGUAGGCCCUAAAUCAGAAAAAAAAAGAAAAAAGAUCAGAUUAUCAGGUAUCCGAUCCACCACAAAUAAGCAAGUUCUAUAUAACUAUCUUACUUUGCUAUUAUUUGAAAGUGUAUUGCCUACUAAAAAAAGGAAACGUAAAUUACAUGACAAAAUAUGUUACAGAAUUCUAAUUUCCUUUUAGUUUAUAAUCUUCACUUAUGAUACUUCAACAGAAAUCCAGUUAUUACAGUGUAAGAUUUAUCAUUUUGUAGUAAAAAAGCAUGAAUGUAAUGAAUCUUGCAUAUCAUUUAUUGUCAUCUUAUUGACAAUUUCUUGUCUAGCAGACAUAUCUCUUUCAAAUGAUACCAAAAUACAAGGGGUUAAUAGGCAUCAUAAUGUUACCUUUUCGUGAAACGGAAACCUUAAAUGAAUUUUUGCAAUGGAAAUAAGAUGCAUCUGACCUCUUCAGUGAUGACCUUAUUGUGCAUGGAAUGAAUAUUGUAAACAGUGAGUGAUUGUCAUUAUAGAGAUACGUUUGUUGUUUAAAUCAGAAUAGAACAGUGCUGAUUCAAGUUGGUGUACCUUUAUCUAUCAUUGUAGUUGUCUUGUGUCAGUAGUUUUACUUUACAUAACAAAUAAUUCAGAGUAAAAAACAGUUAUAUUUCGUUCGUACUAAAAUGUCUCCAGCAAUAUGGAAAUGAGAUAUGUCACGAAUAGCUUAUCAGUUAGUAUGCUUUUGCUAUUUUCUCAGAUUUAAAGUAAGUUUUGUUUUUGAGUUAGAUACUCAAACUUAAAAGCACCGACCAUCAGAUCAUACGACAAUAAAGAAAAAAAGAAUUUGUUAAGAUAUCAUACAAAUUGCCAUAAUUCUUAAGAAUGCUUUUAAACUUAAGUCACUGACAGAUGAUAUGUUAUGGAAACACAUAUGAAGUAAAUGUUUUUACUAUUUUUUCUACUCAAAACUGAAAUGCGUUUGUAACGGGGUACCAGCGGUAAACUGCCUUAAUCAUAAAAGUUUAAAUGUAUGUAUUCCUUCCUGAUGUAUUGGUCAAGAACGUAAGAUCAUUUGUUUUGCUGCGGCGGUCCUGGAUCAGUGCACGUUUUUCUUCUUGAUUUGGCAUUUUAAGAUGGUUUAGAUACAAAACGUCAAGUUCUAAUGUUCAUAGUAUGACAAAAGUUCAAUUUUAAAGAAAACCCAUUUAAGACAAAAUCUGGAACUCGGUACCUUUUAUGCUUGGAGGCAAAUAUAUUAUCUGUUUGAAUGAAAUAUCUAUUAAAGAUGAACAUAAUGUAUACCCAGCAUUAGUGCUAGUUGUUUGAACAAACAUCAUAUCUCACAAUAAUAGAUUAAUUGGACUGUAAAACGCAGACUUAUAAUCUUGUUUGUUGGACGUUAUACCUUAUAUUUAUGGAAUUCUAAUGAGAUUGUAUCUUUAAUAUCAAUUGCUGGACAUGUGCAUUUAUUGCAAAAAGUCUUCUCACUCUCCUUUUGUAAAAGAAAAUGUACUAUAUGUUUGCUUCGAAAUAAAUGAGAAUAGUUAAAAAUAUUUGCUGUGUUUGAACGUUGAUUAACAAAUGAUGCGACUAAUUUCUAAUGCGUAAUAAUCAGAUAUAUUUUUGUUUGAUUGAAACAAGAUAUUUUAGUUCUGUUUGACAGUUUACUAAAUGUUGAUUAUUAAUGAUACGAUUUAUUUCUAAUGCUUGAUAAUCAAAGAUAUUUUGUUUGAUUGGAACUAGAUAUUUUAGUUUUGUUAGACUGUGUAUUGAACGUUAAUUAAUUAUUGAUGCGCCUUAAUCUUAUGCUUAAUAAUCAAAGAUAUUUAAGUUUGACUGAACUAGAUGUUACAGUCUUCUUUGACUGUUUAACUCAGCGUUAGUUGUUUAAUGAUGCGACUAAUUUCUAAUGCUUAGUAAUCAGAUAUUCUGUUUGAUUGGAAUUAGAUAUUUAGUUUUAUUUGACUGUUUAUUAAACGUUAUGUAAUUAAUGAUGCGCCUUAAUCUUAUGCCUAAUAACCAGAUAUAUUUUUGUUUGACUGAACUAGAUGUUAUUGUUUUCUUUGACUGUUUACUCAGCGUUAGUUGUUUAAUGAUGCGAGUAAUUUCUUAUGCUUAAUUAUCAGAGAUAUUUUGUUUGAUUGGAAGUAGAAAUUUAGUUUUGUUUGACUGUUUAUUGAACGUUAUUCAAUUAAUGAUGCACAAUUAAUGAUGCGCCUUUAUCUUAUACCUAAUAAUCAGAGAUUUUGUUGUUUGAACUAGAUGUUACUGUUUUCUUUGACUGUUUACUCAGCGUUAGUUGUUUAAUGAUGCGAGUAAUUUCUUAUGCUUAAUAAUCAGAGAUAUUUUGUUUGAUUGGAACUAGAUAUUUAGUUUUGUUUGACUGUUUAUUGACCGUUAUUUAAUUAAUGAUGCGCCUUUAUCGUAUGCCUAAUAAUCAGAGAUACUUUUGUUUGACUGAACUAGAAGUUACAGUUUUCUUUGACUGUUUAACCAACGUUAGUUGUUUAAUGAUGCGACUAAUUUCUAAUGCUUAAUAAUCAGAGAUAUAUUUGUUUGACUGGAACUGAAUAUUUUGAUUCUGUUUGACUGUUUACUAAAUGUUAAUGAAUAAAUGAUGCGCCUAAAUCUAACGCUUGAUAAUCAGAUAUUUUUGUUUCAUUUAACUAGAUAUUGUAGUUUUCUAUGACUGUUUACUCAACGUUAAUGCUGCGACAUACAUUAUAUCCCUGUUUUGAUUGGACUCAAUAUUUCAAAUUACAUCGAUUUCUAACUAAUUUGUAAUGCUUAAUA